UGUAAACAUCAAGACUAGUUGACUCCGUUGGCCCAAAAAUUACUUCAAAAAUAGUUCAAAACUGAAACAAUGAAAACACAAAGACCCUGUAAGAUUUGGAAUGCGACUCGCUCAUCGAAUUUGAAGAAAGGUGUUGCAGCAUCAAAUCUAGAUGAGCUGAUACAAAAGGGAAAGGAAAAAUUAGGAAUUCCAGAUGACAGCAAAGUGAAAGUAGUCUUAGAAGAAGAUGGAACAGAAGUUGAAGAUAACGAUUACUUUCUUUGUUUGAAAGAUAAUACAACAUUUUUACUAUUGAAACCUGGAGAAAAAUGGACCAAAGUUAGAGAUCCAUCACCAGAUGAAACAGAUUUUGGAAAAGAAAUUUACAAAGUGGAUACAGACUCUGCAACAAGUUCUGGCAUAACUAUUACUAUACAGAGGUUGAAAGAUAGGUUACAAGAGGACCCUGAAGCAUUCUUCUUGUUAUCCAAUGAGGAACUGCAGGACAUAGUCGACCUGGACCCACACGAGCUAGCUCGUAUUCUUCAGGAUAGCACGAGUAAUGUGGAAACGCUUCAAGAAACAUGUCAGAGAUAUUUGGAUGACCGGAUAAAAACUUCGGAGGCCAUGGAACUAUUAAAGCUAUACCAGCGUGCAAGUGAAUCCAGUGGGGACAACCAUGUUGCCCGGCCAGCUGAUCAUGAUGGAAAUCCAAAGAGGAAAAGAAAAAGAUGAUAAUUUCUCCCUCCAAUUAUUCAGUAACUUGGUGUAGAUAUAUAUUAAUCAAAGAGCAUUGGAAGAUUCCAUUUAGACAUGAACAGUAACAAUCUGUA